CCCUCCCUUCCUAUUAUUCCAUAGAGGAGACUCAUAAAUCCUAAUCCCCUUCUGUCCUCUUAAGAUAAAAUUAAUAUACUCCACUUUAUAAUGGAACACAAGCUCUGGGAUAACACAUACGCCAUGGCAAUGGCAAUGGAGAGUCACAAUCCGAACGAAUACGAUCUCUACCUCCCGCUCCACCACGCGGGGGACGAGGAGGAGGAGGAGGAUCCUGGGGAGGAGGAGGAGCUCGGGGCGAUGAAGGAGAUGAUGUUCAAGAUCGCCUCAAUGCAGCCUGUCGACAUCGACCCGGCCACCAUCCGGAAGCCGAGGAGGCGGAACGUGCAGAUCAGUGAUGACCCGCAGAGCGUGGCUGCCCGCCACCGCCGCGAGCGGAUCAGCGAGAAGAUCCGCAUCCUGCAGCGGCUGGUGCCGGGCGGCACCAAGAUGGACACGGCCUCCAUGCUCGAUGAGGCUAUUAGGUAUGUCAAGUUCUUGAAGAGACAAGUCCGAAUCCUCGGAGGCGGCGGCGGCGAUGGCCUGCCCCCGCCGCCGGCGUACUUUUUCGGCGGCGCCGCAGGUCAUGAUCAAUAAAUCUGUUGAGGUUUGGUUCGUUUAAUUUAGUUUAUUGUUUGCACUAAUAUGUAUGUUUAUAUUAGUAUAUACUAAUUGGACCAUUUGGAAUGAAUUGAUAUUUGUGAUUUGGUCAAAAUUAUGUCUGUAUAUACUCAGUGACGAAGCUAGGAUUUUGACGUUUGAGGGCUCAAUUCACUAUUUAGAGUUGUAUUAUGUCCGCAUAUACUUAUUAACGAA